AUGGCCACGAUGAAGGGUGAUAGCGGUUCGAUCUUUAAGAAUACUACCCCGACUAUAACUCUCAAUGCUCCUCAUCCAGUGCUCGAUGCGGCGGGUUUCCCCAAGAAGUUUUACAACGACCUCCCGCUUGGACAGCAGGAAGCAUUUGCUCACUUCUAUCCCAAUGGACUACCUGUAACUUACGACAUGGAUCACGGAAAGGAUUCUGGCGGCAUCCCUCAACGCUACUUGGAGAAUCAUCUGCCUACCCGCUUCUACACCCACCCGCCUCCUAGCAUUCAGGCCAAAUUCUCGACCAUGCACGGCCAGCAGGCCUCCCGCAAGCUCGGAGAACUGCUUCCGGAACGUCGCAUACACCUGUGGAAUCGUGACGAGAUCCAAUCCGUUUGCAAUUCAUUGCGCCGCGUCUUCUGGGCAGAUAUGAAGCGCAUGCAGAAACCAAGCAGCUGGAACGACCUCUGGGAUUAUUUCGACCCAUACGACCUCUACCACUAUGGUGCCCUCAACCUCUGGAACAUUCUCAAUACUAUUUUUGAUGAGAAUCAGAUCAUUAGCAGGGGAUGGAAUGCCGACGUAUCGCUCGAGAUCGGUCAUUUUGCCGACAAAUGGAUUGAGACUCCCGAGAAUGUCCAGAAGCUGAAGGAGUGGGAUGGCAUGGCAGGCCCUCUGGUGAGCCUUCUUUCAACCUCUGAUUGGAAGUAUGUCGGAAACCUCGAGGACGACGAACUGGGACUCCUCAGGUCCGCACUUAAAUACCGCCGAGACUUGAUUCUCUCGGGAUUCCAGUCAUUUUGCAGCGUUCCGACGGAUGUCUUGACAGCUCAUAACAGUGGAAACCUCGUGAACUGGCUUGCCGACUCACCCAUCCUGAGUAGUAAUGGUCUACCACUUCCUCCUGCGUCAGAGCCGGUUCACGAGCAGAGUGAUAACCCUGCCUCGAACGCUGGUGCACCUUGCUUCGUGCAGAACGGCAGCCACUACUACCACCCCUUAGGGCAGCGUGCCCCUGCACUUGAUCAAAGAACCGCUCAGCUGCCCAAGCGCGCCUCCUCUCUCGCGGUCGAGGCUCUCCAGCACUCUGUUGAUGCAGCCACUGUGAAAAAGGGGCCAACUGGUGUGGCGAAGAAGCGUGACGUUGUCAUUGCAAUGGGCAGCAGCAGGCCUCCGCCUGCAUGGAAUCACCACGACACAAAGCCGACGAGCAGCACAGAAGUAGCUGAGCGUGAGACCGGGCCUCAGAAACAGACAACUAAUCUGUCCGGAUCUGUCUUCAAGAGCCGGUUGGAAGAAACGCAGCCAGUUGAUUUGGCCGAAACUGGACACUCGGAAGUCAAGAGCGUUCAUCAUGACACGAUGACCAAGGCUAGGCCUGGAGGAAAUAGCGUUCAAUCGGGCGUUGAUGCUGACGAAAGUAGUCGAUCCAUUGUGACCACCACAUGUUCCACGGCUUCGAAUGAAAGCAAUUACCAGGAAAAGGCUCACAAGGAAGCUCAGACUCAGUCCCGCCAAAGUGCUUGCCUCGAAGCCAAAACAUCUCUUCAGACCGAAUGCUGCCACGGUUCGGCAGACUUGACGACUGGCACAGCGCCAAAAAACACAGCUCCGAAACUGAAGGCGCAGGAAGGACCGAGGAUGGUGACUGAGACUCGCCUUGCUGACGGAGCGGCGGUGCAGCCGAGACGACUCUCAAAAAGCAAUGUGCCCAGCUCCGUAUCGGAUGAAGAUGAAGACGCUCAUCCAUUUCCGGAAAUUGACGAAGUUAUCAAUCAUCAGUUUGUUGCUGACAGCCUGGAGUUGCAUCAUCAGGGAUCGGCUCCUGCCAUCGACGCUGGACUCAUUCAAGCCCGAGAAUGCGGCCCUCAGUUGUUACCUCCGAAGCCUCCAACCGGUGGAAUUGGUCACCGGAAUCCGAAAUCUCACAGAGGGAGCCAAGGCCCAAGCCCGAGAGGUGGACGUCGUGCUUCCCCUGGACCACAUGACAAUCACAACACCCCCUUGAGAGGCGGAAUCUACCGCGGUGGCCGUCAUGAAAAAGGUACGAAUCGUGGAGGCUCGCACAAUCAGAGGAUUGAUAGCAUUGCGCCGACCCAGGAGCAGCCGUCGUAUUACCAGACUCAGUCGUAUCACCAGACUCAAUCGUUCCGCACGGCUGCGGCGCACAACCAGCCGCAAUUGUUUCCACAAAACAGAGCACACCGGAAGAGUGCAUGGAAUCCUCAGACGGGGUACCAAUCUGAGGCGCACGCAAAUACGGAGUGUCGCAACAGCCAUCCUCAUGGUAAGUUUUCCUACAAACCUUGCAACUGUCCCCAAUGCAACGAACGCAACCGAAGCGUGUGGGUUCUCGCGUACGAGGGACCCGAAACCCCAAUGGUUGAGAUACAGGAGAAGGUAAAACUGGGACUUGGAAGCAUGUUCGGCAGGGUUGAAGAAAUGUUCCCUGUCGGCCGUGAAGAUGGAGCUGCUUUUAUCGUCAGGUUCGCCCAUGAAUCGUGUGUUCCAGAUGCUCUCAUCUUUGGCUUCGGAUAUAUACCAGAGCGACAACUUUCGGUAGCUAUAAGCGCCGUCUAUAGGUCCAAGUGGGUGAAUUCGACCUGGCGCCAGAACGAGGACCUCGGUGGCAAGCAGUUCCAGCCAGCACCUCCCCCUGACCGCAAGACUCGCAUGAAUCCUCCGUUUCCACCUCUGCCACCGCCUCCAGGCAUUCCCUUCGUGGCCAAGGGGGUUCAAACUCGGGCGCGCUCGGCAUAUCAAACGUUCCCUGGCGACCAGGCCUAUAUCAGUCGUCCCGUGCUGUACGGAGUCGAGAACGCGCUGCGUACUUCCGAUAAUUCCUUGCAGGCUAUUCCUCUCGUGCAUACCUCGCCAGAGGUUAUCAAAGGUCGCGGUGACAGUUUACAGUCGAGAAAGUCAGGGGCCGCGAGGGACGUUCACGUCGUCUUGCCGGGGUCACCACCCGAUUUGCGCACCUGUGUGCCUCGAACUCCGACCGCACUCGAGGACAUGGAGAGAGCGAAGGAUACCAGUGCUCAAUCUAAACCGCCUUCGGAAGAAGUGCUGAGCGAUGUAAAUUUUGUUGACGAUAGUGACCUUUCGACCCCGAGGAGCUUUUCACGCACCGGUUCGGCCAUCAAGGCUCGUGUCUCCCUACCUAUGGUGUCGCCGGAACUGUUGAAGACUGUGACGGUAAUGCACGCCACGCAGCCCGAACCGGAGAGCGACCAGGUUGAGGAACGAGAGCUGGAUGUCCCUGAAUCCCCCACCCCGAAGCCAAGGCGGCUCAAGACCUUGAUUGCCGCGGACAAUUUCUCAGUGGCCACAGAGAUGGAAGCGUCGGGGCAGAGACCUGGCAGACGGACUCUCAGCACCUUCACGGACGAGCAAGUGAAGAGCCGUAUGAUGGAUUGGCAUAGGAUUGUUAUUCCCAUGGACCCCCAGAUCAGACGCAAGUCGACGGAGGGCGACCGAAGCGGAGGGUUGGUGAAUGCAGUUUCAGCAACGACUGUUGUUCCGGGAAUCUCCCGUGGAAAGUCAACCGUUGCAGAUGAUGCUUCCACUAUGAGUUCUGGAUCCCUGGGCCCUAAAUUGUCUACUCCCGAGACAGGAUCCAGCGACUCUGAGUAUGAAGCACUGGUCGGCGACAUGAAUGAAAGAUGGACUUUGCUUCCACCGAACGACACUGGCGACCAGUCGAGUAAGAAUCAAGAUAUGGGACAUUCUUCGCAGAAGGCCACGCCCUGCCUUUCGCAUGCGCAUACUGGACAGAAGAUGACACGUUUAGGUGGCGAACAGUUUCCGAAUGACUUUGUGCAGACUUCUCGGAAGCACGGCCACACACACAUUCAUACGGCUCCAAGUGUUGCAACUGAUAACUCCGAUCAGGAGACUCUUGGGCAGUCGUGCAGUCAAGACCGUUCAUUCUCUCGCGAUGGCUUGGAAAGCAUUGGCCAUGCGCCGGAGUGUGGCCAGGGAACGAGCAAGAAGAAGAAGAAGGGCGCUUACAAGAAGAGUAGGCCGCAGCGAACGGUUGCCUCCACGUCCAAGUCACAAUCCGAGGUUGCACACCUUCAGAUGGAGGACAGUGCCUCGGGAUCAGGUCCAGAGCACGUGUCACAGGCUGGUAUCGCCGAACAUUCGCGGUCUCCAAACCAAACGUCAAUCAGGGUUGCACCGACAUCGGGAUUCGUGGAUGCCGGUGAGGGUGACAAAAGAGCAGAGAAGUUCAAAGGCCAAGGCCCCAACCAAAGGAACGAGUAUCGAGCAAAGGCGGGCGGGUCUUUGAAGAUGACCAGGAAGCGUAGAAACCGACCGGGGGCUAUUCAAACCUGCGUUACCGAAACGCCAGAUCACUCUGCCGGCCCCAGCUUCCCACCCCAAACUCUUUGCCGUGUUUCUUCCCGUGAAUCGGAUCCUAGUUUAGGACUACAGGCACAACAGAGAUCUACGGGGCAGCCUGUGAAGGUUGUUUUGCUCAACCCGCGAGCCGAGGCUUUUAAGUCACCAAAGAUCGGGGUAGAAACGGCUGGAACAACGGGAGCAGGUUUGACGAAGAAGGAGAACGGAGACGAUUCGAUUUCGCAGAAAGUAGGCAAGGAGAAGAAGGAUGCUGAGGACUCUUGGGAUGAAGAGAAUGGGGAUGAGACUACCCCGAAGCAGAAUUCUCCUCGUGUGGUGCCGCCUGAGCUGGCGGCAGGGAUCUAUUGGAAAGGCAAGGGGCGUGAUGUGCAGAGACCUGGGCCGGCGGUUCAGCAAGUUCCGACUUGCAAGGGACCACAGCGGCAUGCAGCGAAGGCGACGGCGAAGGCGACGACGAAGCACGAGGGAAGGGCUGAGACAGGCCCCUCACCGGCUACGUCGGCAAAGAAAUCGCCAAUGCUGGCGGGUGUUGUGACGGAGGACUGGCCCUCGCUGCCGGGACAGGAAGCUCGCUCCUGCAGUAAUACUGACGUGUCGCAGACAGGUCACUGGGGCUCCAGACCAGGUGCUUUCCGCGCGGAGGGAUCGGCUAGACAGAGUGGAGAGGACGGAGAGCAGGAAGAGGAGAGCAAGGAGAGCUAG